AUGUUAAUGCACAGCCUAUUUUUCUUCACUUUUGGACUAAUUUUUACUGGAAACCCUUUUUGGAUAAAAGGUGUAACCUCUGAACACACGUCCAGACUUUCUACAUUAGAAAUAAUCAUUCCUCGAAGUCUGACAGGCGGAGAGAAACAUCUCCCAUUUUCUCAUGAGGAGCGUUCAGAUGACAAUCUCUCUUACUCAGUUAAAACCAGAAAUGGAACAUAUCUCCUAAAGCUGAAGAAAAAUAAAAAACUUCUUAGUGACGACUUUAAGAUGUACACAUAUGGGAAAAAUGGGAAACUGCAGGCAACACCAUCCAAAAAUGAGACACACUGUUAUUAUCAUGGCACUGUUGAAGGAAUUGCUGACUCCACACUUGCUCUCAGCACCUGUGAUGGCCUUAGGGGAAUUCUCUACAUUGGAGGCAGAUGGUAUGGAAUGGAGCCCCUCAACACAUCCAGCACAUUUGAACAUGUGCUUUAUGAACUGGAAGAUGUGCAGGGCAUCCCCUUCCACUGUGGGGUGCUGAAUGGCAGCCUGGAGCAUGAGAUGUUUGUGAAGCAGUCUGUGAAAUACACAUUUUCAUCAAACACUACCUCCAGCAGGGACAGGCUCCUCAGGCAGAAGCGAGCUGUCCUGCCCCAGAAAAGCUAUGUGGAAUUAUUCGUGGUUGUGGAUCACAACAGGUUUUUGCUGAAGAAUUCAGAUCCUGCUGCAGUGCAAAAGGAAACGGUGGAGCUGAUUAAUUAUGUUGAUGGGAUGUAUAGAGCAUUAAACAUCCAGAUUGUUUUGGUUGGACUGGAGGUUUGGACAGAUGCCAACCACAUAUCUGUAAUGGAUGGUUCAGCUGGAGAUGUGCUGAGUAGAUUUGUUUCUUGGAGACAGAAAGAUCUUCUGAAGCGCUCAAGAAAUGACGUUGGCCACCUCAUCAUAGGGAGAAGCUCUUUCAGUGGAUCCAUUGGGAUGGCUUUUGUGGGUACUGUGUGCUCACAUGUCCAGGGAGGGUCGAUCAGCACUCUGAAUCAUAACAAAAUGUUACGUCAUGCCACAGUGGUUGCACAUGAACUGGGGCACAAUCUUGGAAUGAAACAUGAUGAUAAGAGAUGUCCUGCAUCCUAUAUCAUGCACAGCACAGAUAAUGGAUCCAGGAAUUUCAGCACCUGCAGCGCUGAUGAUUUUGAGGCCUUUAUUCUAAAUGGAGGAGGAAACUGCCUUAGAAACCCUCCAAAAACAAGUAAUGUGUACAAAGAACCUGUCUGUGGCAACAAUGUGGUCGAUAACAAUGAAGAAUGUGACUGUGGCAAACCACAGGAAUGCUCCAACCCCUGCUGUGAUGCUGCCACCUGCAAACUCACCCCUGGCUCACAAUGUGCUCAAGGACUGUGCUGCAAAAACUGUAAGUUCAAAGUGGCAGGAGCAGAGUGCAGAGCAAAACAAGAUGUCUGUGAUCUCCCUGAGUACUGCAAUGGAAGCACAGCCUACUGCCCAGAUGACGUUUACAUCAUGAAUGGUUACCCCUGCAGCAACAGCAAGGCUUAUUGCUAUUAUGGGGUGUGCCAGAGCUUUGAUUCACAGUGUCAGUCCAUCUAUGGGAAAGGGGCACGAAAAGCACCUGAUAUAUGCUUUGAAAAAGCAAAUAUUAAAGGAGAUAGGUUUGGAAACUGUGGAAUGAAAGGUGGAGUGUACAAGAAAUGCCCAGUCCAGCACAGUCUGUGUGGGAAGCUCCAGUGCACAUCUGUCAGUCUUCAAAACCUUCCAGCCUGGAGCGUUGUCAAUAACGCAUCUGGGGUUUUAUGCUGGUCCUCUGACUUUGAUUUAGGAUCAGAUAUCCCUGAUCCUGCUCAAGUUCAUGAUGGGACAGCCUGUGGAGAGAACAAGGCCUGUGUAGGUUUUGAAUGUGUUGAUGCAAGAUAUCUGGGCUACAGCUGUGACGUAAAGCAGAAGUGUAAUAAUAAUGGGGUGUGUAACAACAAUGGGAAUUGCCACUGCAAUCCGGGAUGGGCCCCUCCGUUCUGUAACCACUCUGGCUACGGUGGCAGUGUUGACAGUGGUCCAGCUCACACAGAUACAUCACUUCGGGAUGGGCUGCUGAUUUUCUUCUUCCUUGUGGUGCCUGUAGCCACCCUCGCUGCAGUAGCAGCAUUUAAGCGUGAUGCAAUAAAGAGAAAACUCUGCAGGAAAAGCAGAGGACAGCACAGGGAUAACAAUGGGCAGGAACCAAAGCAAGGCAACAGAACAACUCAUGAAACAGGAAAUAAUCAGCCUGCCACAUCGAGUAGCAAUAUUUUUACCAUAUUGCAUUUUCCUGGUGCAAGGCAGCCAGUCCAAACCCAGCUUCCUGCAGCUUCCUCAGGACCUCAACGACCCCCAGUCCCACCUAGACCAGUUGUCUGA